UCAACAAUCAACAAAAACAUUGUCAACAUUGAAAAAAGUAUAGGUACCUACUGUGCAAGUUAAUUAGAGUCCCUAAAAUAAAUUUAGUGUUCUCCAUAGUUUAAGACAUGGUGCUAUCAUUCGAAGACUAACAUUCAUUUCACUUAGGGUCAUAGACAACAUUUUGUGGUAUACAUAUCAAGCUUAUGAUCGGUGAAUUCCCUGAUAAGCAACGACAGCUGUCAGUGAUAUACAAAUAUAUACUUAUUGCUUAUUGCAUUAUUCCUUAAAGUGAAACAAAAAGUCACAAGGUAAGGAAUAUUGAAUAGCGAGAAUUAAUUUUGAAAGUGAAAAACUUUGCAUUACAAUGGAUGAACACACCUCAACGGACACAGUGCAAGAAAGCUCAAAUCCAACAUUACAUGUUGAAGCACCAACAGAUUGUGACUUUAACUUAACCCCUGUACAAAUACAACAGCAAUAUUUUGAAAACUUAGGGGAUUGUAACUGGAUUAGAUAUGAAAAGUGCAAUAGAAAUCAUUUAUUGCAAAACUUGGCAUUUGGACUAUUUGGUCCUCCGAUUACUGAAGGGGAGCUGAUAGAAACGGAAAAAAUGAAUGCAAUUAAUCUUCAAGGAUACAAUUCCAGACAAAAAGAAAAAGUUGACUUAGUCUAUGCAAAAAUAUGUGAACAAGGUAAAUAUUCAUUUGAAGAUGAAAUUUACAUGUCGAAUUUACUGGUUGUUUGUGCACGUCCAAAGCCCAAGAAUUUUUUAAACAUUCAACCGUCGAAAUGUUGGAUUGAUCUACACGAACGGAGUGACUCCGAAAUAUGGCUCGUACCUGUCUUUUGCAUAAGAAAAUGUAUACCUAUAGAAAUGAAUGCGAAACCAUGCAAAAUAUAUAUUGAUGACAAUGCCCGGGUGUACCAUAGUUGGAAUGCUUACUUGACAGAAAACACAUUGGACAAAUGUGUUCUAAUAGUCCCUGAGAACGGAGAAUAUACCGGAACACUUACUGAGGACGGAACAGACUUCACGGUGAAUCUAACAGUGGCGCCGUCACCUGCCCUCGGACUGAAGUCACGCGUGUUGAGUUCGGUGGACACAGCGACCACGGUGGUCUCGCUGGGCGCCGUGGGAGUGGUCGGGGUGGCCGCGCUAACACCGGUGGCGCCCGUGCUGCUCGCAAGCGCGGCCACCGUCUCCGUCACCGCGGGAAUCUACGGGCUGAUCAGGUCUUCGUUGCAUUUACACGACCGAAGAACGCACGAACAGACCAUAAACGUGCGCAAUUCUGAAGCUCGUAACAGUUGGUUAAACGUAGCGACCUCGGGCGUGGGUCUCACGGCUGGAGCGGCCAGCAAUCUCCUGUCUAAAUCAGCAGCGGCCGGCACCAACCUCACUACGUCGGGGAGGUUCUUGACUAAGUCAGUCGACGUGCUGCGACACGUGAACCUUUUGACCGGAGCUGCGAGCUUUACUAAUGGCUUUGUGUAUCUUAUAAUACAGUACAGGAAACACGGUCAGAAGCCGAGUCGUAUUGAGAUAUUCCAAUUCGCCAUGUCGACGUUGUUCUUCUUCAACGCUGUCGUAUCGAAUCAGACGGCGCAAGAGAUCAUUGAGCAGAGUCAGGCGAACAAGAUAAAUGAGUUCCGCGAUACGCUCCGGAGUAAUCGGCACAGGAAAAUUUUCGAUAAGCUUUCCGCCGAAGCUAGACGAGUGCGGGGCACCGUUCAAGGUAACACCGAAGUCAUCCAGGGCAUCAAGAAUAUCGCUAACAAAGACGAAUACUUUGCGCAAGUUCUGAGCAUCAACAAGGACGUGAACCAGCACAGGCUCAGGAUAUCGAUGACGGCCGACGGCCGGGUCAUGUUGAACAACCAACACGGUUACAACCCGUCCGAGUUACACUCGCUCGGCUCGGAAGGGAGAUCGCAAAUAUUCACCGAAAUCGGCCCAGCCCCCCCGGGGCCUGCUAAUGUGUCCACACGUCUGAACUCGCCCGUCAACAGAGUGGACAACUACUUCGGAGUAGACGACGAAGAAGGCCAUCUAUUAGUCGGCAUCCGUCCAGAAGAGAUACUCCAAAUCGGCACAUAUUUCGUGCGUAUCAGCUCGUCGGGCACCGAUGAAAUAGUUUCGAUGCUCCAAAAUCUCUCCGAAGAGGUCUAUACGAAUUUGAUGACCCUAUCCUUUAAUCUGCUGUCGAAACUUGUGCCAAGCGAAAUUGCCAAUCUGAAAUUGCUCGAUCCGGAGCGAGAUUUGAUUUCGCAGGUAGUUGAAUUUGUUUUCAAUUACAUGAAACAGCGGAGACCGUUCGGGGAAGCGAGACACGACGAUAACGGAAUCGUUGAAGUAGUAAAAGACUUCUUUCACGAUGGCCGAGUUAAUCAAGACACGAUAUUGCGAUUGAAGAAAGAUUUAAUCGAAUGGCUGGACGCUGAAAUUACACGUAAAAAUGAGCUAAAUCCUAAUAAGAAAUCCUUAAUCUGCAAUCUGUGUAAAGGAGUUAGAUACGCUUAAAAGUUUUUUUUUUUUGUAAAUUUACAGCUGUUUUUUUUUAAAGUGUUUAUUCAUCGGUUUUUUUUUUCCUUUUCUUAUAGUUUAAAACAAACCAAAUUUUAAUAUGUUAAACAAGAAUAACGUUUGGUAGUAUUGUUUGAUAAGUAGUAAAAAUAUAAGGAAACUAUAUCCCAUACAUAUCAAUCAAGUUAAUAAAUAUUUAAUAUAUAGCAUAUUAUUCAAUUAUUUUAUAGAGUAUUCAAUGAUUUUUAAAAUGUUAAAUGUAACGAUGUGUUACGAAAAUUAUUGGCUGUGUCGUGUGAAAUUAGAAUAGUAAGUACGUUUUUUGCCCAUAGGAGAAAUUUAUCUCCGGAAAUACGCUGUAUGUAAAGGCAGAAGUUUCAGGCAAAUCAAACCCGCAAAAUUAUAAUUUGCGUAAUCACUGGUGGUAGGACCUCUUGGGAGUCCGCACGGGUAGGUACCACCACCCCGCCUAUUUCCGCCGUGAAGCAGUAAUGCGUUUCGGUUCGAAGGUUGGGGUAGCCGUUGUAACUAUACUGAGACCUUAGAACUUAUAUCUCGAGGUGGGUGGUGCAGUUACAUUGUAGAUGUCUAUAGGCUCCAGUAACCACUUAACACCAGGUGGGCUGUGAACUCGUCCACCCACCUAAGCAAUAAAAAAAAAAAAAGUAGAAAUGUAUUCUACUGUAGUAGUGAGUGCUCGAAACAAUAUAAUUUAUCCCCUUUUAUUUUCUUCUACCUAUACUAUUAACUUCGAAGGGUUAUACCAGAUUCGCCGAGCUAGUAAAUGAGCUCACGGGGCUCUAACCAGAGGUCGUUGCUAACACUAGCCCUAGCAAGCCCUAGCCUUUUACUUUACUGGUGGUAGGACCUCUUGUGAGUCCGCGCGGGUAGGUACCACCACCCUGCCUAUUUCUGCCGCGAAACAGUCGUUUCGGUUUGAACGGUGGAGCAGCCGUUGUAACUAUACUUGAGACCUUAGAACUUAUAUCUCAAGGUGGAUGGCGCAUUUACGUCGUAGAUGUCUAUGGGCUCCAGUAACCACUUAACACCAAAUGGGCUGUGAGCUCGUCCAACACUUCUGCAACGCGUUUCCUUUAACGCGGAACCAAUCUACCGUGUUAUAGAGGAGAUUACUGUAUUAAAAUUUUAAUACAUUGUAUUAAUAAUACAAUAAGGUAUAUAAUAUUAAUAAUGCUAUAUAUUAUACAUACCUUAGCACAAACCGAAUAGAAAUAGUUACAUGUAACUUAUACGCAUAGCUUGAGAUUAUUGAGCCUUCAAUAUAGUUGCGUAUAUAUGUAUUAUAUUAUUAGGAAGUAUUAAAAAAAAUGUACUAAAAUAUAUUUAAUUGGAAAUGCACACUGUGAGUCUUAAUAAUAUCAUUUUCUCGCAUUAAAACUGUAUAACUUCGAUCAACAAUUGUAACUAGAUAAAGGGACACGUACAAAAUCGAAGCAAAAACUGUCCGCGUGAAUAUACAUACAUACAUAGCUACGUUGGUUUACAACAAACGGAGAAAAAAGUUUUGAAACAGUUUUAAGUUCAAACUAAUUACAACUAUGCCACCUAGUAAUAAAGUUCCAAAUCUCCAAAACAUUAUCUAAUACUUACAAUCAUUCGUCACAAAGCAAUAAAUUACUCCUGUCACUUACAAAUGAAAAGGCAUAUGUUAAACAAUCUUUAAUGUUAAAUCAACUUUAUGCGCCAACAAAUAAAGUAACUUUUUCCGUUAUAGCUUUGAGAACUAACAUCGUUUUGUUUUAUUUAUUUUUGCUUCUUGAAAUUUCAAUUUCUAUUUACUACAGGAGGUAACGGAGUCGCGUUGAACAGUGAAAUAAUUUAUUAUAUGAAUAAAAGUAAAAGUUUAGUUGUUUACUUUUUAUGUUUUGAGGAUUUAUGUUUGUUAGUAUCUAUACAUUACUUAUUAUUUUAUUAGCGUUACGUUUUGUGUAAUAGAUAUUUUUAUAGUAUAUUUUUAGGUUUUCGCGACUAGUACAUAUAAUAAAACAACGUUUAAACGGUUUUAAGCGCGAUAUUUUUAUUACAAUGCUUCGGCCACGUUUCAGUAGCCGUGAACACGGAAGGCAAAGAUGUCCAGUGUCAAUGAGUGGAGUUCCUAGCUGGCUUAUAAAAGUAAUCUCUUCUUUCUCUGGCGACAAUCGAGAUCCAUUCUGCACACGUGAUUGCUAAAAUAAAAAAGAAAAGCCAAGUAUCCAAUGAGAAUCCAACAAACAGACACAAAAGCAGAAUUAACCAAUUUUAACUAACCAAUUUUGAAGUACUGCUAACAAAUUUUUAAAAAUUAUUACAACACAAAUCUACUCCAUGCAUUUACUUUUCUGUUAAACAAAAAUUUUGUCCAAGUGUUGGCGAGCCUUGGCCAACAUUUGUAGCGGUGGUUAAAAAUCGGUAAUUUUGUUUAAAAUGUAAUAUUAUUUAUUAGUUUAAAGCUUAAAAUAUAACGUAUACUUCAUGUACUUACCGAAAGUAAGAAACUCCGGCCGUUAAAUUGCUUUUUCGGGCAUUUUUUGCAACUUUUGAAUACACACUGCGGCAUUGUGAGACGGGUUGACAUUGGCUGUGCCUGAAGUGAACUAAACAAAAUAAGAGCUCACAUUUCAAGUGCGCUGUUAUUUAAUGAGACGGAUUUUUGCACCGAUCCGAAAUCUAGUUACUAUUGUUGAUCGAAGCUGUAUAAUCUCAAAACUUACUUAUUUUGCAGGAGAGUGUUUUAAAGGUUUGACAUAUUGUGAUAUUUUUAAUAUUAAUCAUAUUUGCAACAUUUAAUUUUUAUUUUUUACCAGUUACAUUAUCUGUAUUUUAAAGUAAGAUAAAAUUAUAUAUUAAUUUUGUUAAUAGUAGACACACAACAUAGAUAAACUAAAAAAAAAAAAAACUAAACUACGCUCUUUUGACAGUAUUUAUGAGAAAAAUACUGGUGAUACCAAAUGAUUCCGCAUAUUAACUCAAUUUCGAAUGUAUUUGGAAAUUGUACACUUUUAAUGCGAAAAGACGAUAUAUUAAGUUGUUUGAUUUUGACAUUUGAAUAACCAAUUCGGUUGGUUAUUUAACAAUUAAUUGGUACCAUUACUUAUUUAAGAAACUUCGCCAAUGAAUAUAACUUUAAAUUAAUAAAAUCUACUUUCUGAAACUUUAAAUUUCAUAUAGUAGUUAGUGCCAAUUUGUGCCCCUUGCUUAUAGCCUAUACCUUCCAUAGUGCCGACUCGACAAGAUUGAAGUUUUCGGAAGACAAAACAAUAUCCUUAGCUCUAAAAAAAGUAUUAAACAAUAUAACUAAAUUGGUCCUGCAUAGUGCUCCUCAAGGUCAAAAUUCGACCAUUAGAACUGAUGCUUCAAGGUUGAGAAUUCCUUUCCAUGUAUAACGUUUUCUCUUCUGUCUGUUUCGUUACAAACAUUUUUCUAUGGGAAAAGUGAAUAAAAUUUCCGGCCUUUUUUAAUUGGCAAUACUAAAGUUUGUAAACUACAAAACAUGAUAAAAGAGUAAUUCGGUCGACAAACAUAGGAAAAAGAUUCUUGUACUGUUUCAUUUUUGCUACUAAAAAUAUAUAUUAUUUUAUAUGGAUAGACAUUUUGUAUAUUAAGUUUGGGUGAUUUUAAAAGUACUAGUGGCCCCGCAGUAUUCGAGAUUCGACUAUAAUUAAUUGAAAUUAUAAAUUCAAACAUUAUGGUUCUAUUGUCAAACACUAUGACAUUUCGAUAUUAUCACAGUAUUCGCCAAAACUGCACUAUAGAUCAAUAAUAUUAAAGACAAACAAUAUUAAUCUAUUUUCAAUUCGACCACAGACUUUAAACAAUAACAAAAGCUUCCCAAUUGACAGUAAACAAAGAAUAUAUUUUUAUGUAUGUGUUGUGUCAAAUAAAUGGUAGUGUGUGUAAUGUUUUCUUUAUUGAUUUAAAGUAUCUUUUAUGCAUUAUUUGAAAAAAAUAUUAGCAUUGUGCACUCCUUCUCUAUAAGCGUGAGAAAUUUCAUACUCCUCCGUCCGCGCAAUUUUCGUAAAAAGGGGUACAAAGUUUUUGCUUCACGUAUUAAUAUUAAAAUUAAAAAUUUAAAUGUUACUUUUAGCAAUCGUUCAUAUUGUAUCAUUUGCUGAAGCAUUCUGAAGCUGCAAAAGGUAUAUUAGUAUUUGCACACACCUCCAUUUGUAAAACGUUAUUAUGUUCGUUUAGAAGGAAAUGUUUUGAGAAGAUGACAUGUCAACAAUGUAAUAAACAUAUAUUAUUGUUAUCGUCAGUUUUGCAAACCGUACUUUUAUGGUUUUUAUGGCAAAAUUUAGUCAAAAUGUAUAUUUUGAAUCAUGUGACCACAGCCAAGAAUAUAUUUUAUAAAGAAUAUACUAUUUGUAGCCACGAUAGUGGUUUUGCUACAGUGACUGUCUUGAAUUAAUUUGGAGUUGAUUUUUAAUAAAACUGGACUUCCCAACCACAAUUAUUCUUGAACACAUAACCAGUGCCUUCAUGCAAUGUAAGCUUAAUCGUAACGUGGCCUUAUGUAGUACGUAACAUAUACCUAUUAAAAAUAAACUAUCUUAUAUAAUGAUA